GUUAGUCUGUUAGCUCCAGUGGGCGGAGCUAACAGAAAAAGAAGUAAAGAAGAAUAUCAUCUAGAGGCGCUUAACAGGCUAACUUUCGUAACAAAAACAUUUCAUGCUACGUGUUAUAAAUGCGUAAAGUCAACAUUUUUCACCUUCAAAUGAUGGAAAACGUCUAGAAAUUAAACAGAGACCAAGAUGACGUCAGCUGUGGCCAACAGAGGUGUAGGAGCCAUUGUAGGAUCAGCUGUUGCAGAUGCUGCAGCGCAGCCCCUACACUGGCUGUAUGAUCUCCAGAAGCUGGGGGGGAUUUUGGCUCAGGAUCCAAACCCUGAAUUUCGCUCUGAGUCAGCCAAUCCCUUCUACAGGAGGAAGACAGGCCAGCAGAGCUGCUAUGGAGACCAGGCGUAUAUCCUCCUGGAGUCCCUCUCAGAGUGCAGAGGUCUAAAUGUUGAUGAUCUGAAGCAGCGAACGCUGAAAUUCUUUGGACCAGGAUCAGAAUAUGACACGCCUGUCAACGAUCCUUACCGAGACAGGGGCGGGCCAAGACCACAGCUGCCCAUUGAGGGACCGUGGAGGCAGGCCAGCUUGAAGAGUUUCCUAAAGAAUGUUGAUGCUGGAAAGGAGGAGACGGGAUGUGAAACCGAUUGUCAGAUCGAUGGAAUAGCCAAGAUGGCUCCUGUAGUGGCGUUUUAUGCAGGCCAGCCUGACAUGCUGGAAAAGGUGGAACAGGCAGUUCGAGUCACCCAAAACAACGAUGAAUGUGUGGCAGAAACUCUGGCGGCAGCAAGGUUUCUGGAGCAUUUCAUCAUAAACGGUCCAGAUCCAAAAGUUCUGGACGUGGUGCUGAAUCAGCUCCGCGACCCCAACAGGAAACAUCCUCAGGAUCUGGACAAAGCAGUCAUCGGACACAUUUAUCAGGUAAAGGAGAGUUUAUCAAAGACUCCACAGGAGAUGAUUCCCUCUGUGUUUCCAAACACCUGAGGUUUACCAGGUGCUUUUCAAGCAGCGCUACACGGCGUCCUGACAGCCUCCCGGUUUGAGUCGGCCAUCAGAGACACCAUGAGCUGUGGGGGGUGCACCUGCAGCAGAGCAUCCUUCAUUGGAGCGUGUCUUGGAGCUCAGGUUGGGAUUGAGGGAAUCCCGACGUCGUGGAUGAGCAAAACCCUCAGAUGCAAAUCAGUCCUGGAGCAUGCUGAGAAGAUUACCAAACACCACCUGUAAUCUGGAAUAUCAUGAAGAACUGUUGAGCUUCUGCAGAGCUGCUAAUGAGGGUUUCUGUCUAAACAUGAGUGACAAAAGCCUGAUGUUUUAGUCUCUGCUUGAGUUAAGCUAGUUACUUCGAAUGUUCUUUGAUUUGUUUAAAAUGAUUCUGAAAAUGUUUUGAUUGAGAGCUUUAUGACUGAUAUGUACUCAUCACGCUGAAGAUAAAACUGAUUAUGUUUAAGCAUUUUCACUUUUGCUUCCUCUAAAAUACAACAGGAAUCACAUCCAUCAAAUACGGAAAAUGUACUCAUCGCUUGCAACGAGGGAGAAAAUAUAAUUUGAAGAAUUCUAUGUAAAAAAUGUUUGGUUAAAAUUUUUUUCUUCACAAUUCAUUGCUGUGCUUGGAUCUUAAAUUACAACGCUGCCAUUAAAGAAACUUUAGAUGUGCAUUAGAACUAAACACUGUAGUUUUUGACUGGAGUUGGAGAUUCUUCUCACUUCUUCCAAUCACUGUUAAUGUUAAUGUGCAAAUAAAGCUGAAGCUAAUAUUUAAAUCCA